AUGGUUCUGAUUUGCAGCAACUGGUAUCCAAUGUUCGUUUUGAUCUUUUAUUUUCUCUGUCCGUUGCCGCUGACCAUCGCGGGAAGUUACGAGGAUCAGUCGACUAGCGCUUCCUGGCACGAUUUUGCACUUUUUGUCACAGCAGGCAUCGUUGUCAGUGCUUUCAGCCUGCCGAUCGUGUUGGCCCACGCACCACUUUCCAUGCCAGUGAUGGAAAUGAGUCAGAAGACCAAGACAAACAAUAUCCUGCUUCAGAUGCCGCAUACUUCGCCAGAACCAUCAAAACUUGGACAGGUAUUCUAAAG